UUGGCCACACAUGAGAAGCUGAAUGACAUUUACUCAACUCUUCUAGCACUUACACAGUCAUUUAUUUAAAAAGAUUACAACUAUACAUGCAGUAAGCUACUUUAAUAACGUUAGGAGUAGCUAACUAAACGAUAUGGUUGUUCAGUCAGAGCUACAUCCUACAGUAGCUGCAAAGCUCCUGUAGCUACCAUUAGCUAACUGAGCAUGGAGUCCCUCAGGAAACCCAUGUUUACUAUCCUGCAACACUGGAGACCCCACAGAGGUGUUAGACCCAGAUAUUGUUCUAAAUUAGCCAACACUAGUGUCACUUCCAAGGAGACGAAGUCAAAUGUAGAUGCGUUCAAGAGUCAGUUAUCCUGUGGGCCAAGUUUUCAGGAUUUUAUCAAAGGAGCCUCAGUGAAGAAGAGCUUUGCUGCAGAUGAAGAUCUCUAUGAUAAUCACAGCUAUCUGUCUGAGGACCUGGAGAUGGGAAACUCACGGAAAGUGUAUUUUGAGACCUAUGGGUGUCAGAUGAAUGUGAACGACACGGAGAUAGCCUGGUCCAUCCUGCAGAGGAAGGGAUACCUCCGCACAGUGGAGUUAAAUGAGGCAGACGUUGUUCUCCUGGUGACAUGCUCCAUAAGAGAAAAAGCUGAACAAACUAUUUGGAACAGACUAAAACAACUAACAGCCAUGAAGAAGAGACGGAAAAAGAGCCUCGCUCCAAUGAAAAUCGGGAUUUUAGGCUGCAUGGCAGAGAGGCUGAAGACGGAGCUCCUGGAGCGGGAGAAGCUGGUGGACGUCCUUGCCGGUCCAGACGCGUACAGAGACCUCCCCCGCCUGCUGACGGUCGCUGACGGAGGGCAGCAGGCCAGCAACGUGCUGCUGUCCUUAGAGGAGACCUACGCUGACAUCAUGCCCGUCCACCACUCCACGCACGGGAACAGUGCUUUUGUCUCCAUCAUGCGCGGCUGUGACAACAUGUGCACGUACUGCAUCGUCCCCUUCACCCGGGGGAGGGAGAGGAGUCGCCCCAUCAGCUCCAUCCUGGAGGAGGUCCGGAUGCUCUCUGACCAGGGCGUGAAGGAGGUGACUCUUCUGGGUCAGAACGUGAACAGCUACCGAGACGCGUCGGAGGAUCAGCUCUGCAGCUCGGGGGCGACCCGGCUCAGCGAGGGCUUCCAGACCGUCUACAGGAGGAAAGAGGGAGGCCUGCGCUUCUCUGACCUGCUGGACCGAGUGUCCCGCAUCGACCCCGACAUGAGGGUCAGGUUCACCUCCCCUCACCCCAAAGACUUCCCCGAUGAGGUUCUUCAUCUGAUUGCGGAGCGAGGGAACAUCUGCACACAGAUCCACCUCCCGGCUCAGAGCGGCAGUAGCAAGGUCCUCAAAGCAAUGCGUCGUGGCUACACUAGAGAGGCCUACCUUGAUCUUGUCCAGAACAUCAGGAGAAUUGUCCCAGAGGUGAGUCUCAGCAGUGACUUCAUCUCAGGGUUCUGUGGUGAAACGGAGGAGGACCACCUGCAGACCCUGUCUCUGAUCAGAGAGGUGGGCUACAACGUGGGCUUCCUGUUCGCCUACAGCAUGAGGAAGAAAACGCAGGCCUACCACCGUCUGGAGGAUGACGUUCCGGCGGAGGUGAAGCAGCGCAGACUGCAGGAGUGUAUCACAGUUUUCAGGGAGGGGGCAACGAGGGUCAACGCUGCUCUGGUGGGCAGCAAACAGCUCGUCCUGGUGGAGGGGGUGA